UUCUCCUAAACCCUAACCAAGAGAGAAAGAGAGAGAGGAGCUCAGCGUAAAAUUUGAGAGUUUCAUUGUCAGCUUGGCGGCUUCCACUGAGUUCGACCGAAAAUGAAGUUCAACAUUGCAAAUCCGACUACUGGAUGCCAGAAGAAGCUCGAGAUCGACGAUGACCAGAAACUCCGGGCUUUCUUUGACAAAAGGAUCUCCCAGGAGGUUGCUGGAGAUGCUUUGGGAGACGAGUUCAAGGGAUAUGUUUUUAAGAUUAUGGGAGGAUGUGACAAGCAAGGUUUCCCAAUGAAGCAGGGAGUGUUGACUCCAGGCCGAGUUCGUCUGCUGCUGUACAGAGGUACUCCUUGUUUCCGGGGCUAUGGUAGGCGAAAUGGGGAGCGCAGAAGGAAGUCUGUCCGUGGAUGCAUUGUUAGUCCUGAUCUUUCUGUUCUGAAUUUAGUUAUUGUGAAAAAGGGUGAGAAUGAUCUGCCUGGACUGACAGACACUGAGAAACCAAGGAUGAGAGGACCCAAAAGGGCUUCCAAGAUUAGGAAGCUCUUCAACCUUUCCAAGGAAGAUGAUGUCAGGAAGUAUGUCAAUACCUACCGUCGGAAUUUCACGACCAAAACUGGGAAAAAGGCUAGCAAGGCUCCUAAGAUCCAGAGGCUGGUAACACCAUUGACUCUCCAGAGGAAGAGAGCAAGAAUUGCAGACAAGAAGAAGAGAAUUGCCAAGGCUAAGUCAGAAGCAGCUGAGUACCAGAAGCUUUUAGCUACUAGGUUGAAGGAGCAAAGAGAAAGGCGCAGUGAGAGUCUGGCUAAGAAGAGGUCUAGACUGUCUGCAGCUUCUAAGCCAUCUAUUACUGCUUAAGAUCAUUGGGAAGCAAUCUGUGAUAUCUGGGUCUGGUCUUCUCUGGUUAUUGCUGGAUGUGGCUUUUGGUAGCUUUUAAUGUUCAGAGAUGAUGAGUUAAGUUAGUGUAUCGUUUACUAUUUGAUCUUUUAGAUCAAAGAUUUUGGUUAUUUAGUACUGCUUAAUGAAAUCCUCCCAACUUUUAUUAUUUUGUUCUUGCUCUGGAUAAUAA